GACUUCAUAGAUUUGACCUUGUCGAAGACUCAGCGGAAGACUCCGACUGUCAUUCAUAAACAUUAUCAAAUCCAUCGGAUUCGACAUUUUUACAUGCGGAAAGUCAAAUACACUCAACAAAAUUACCAUGAUAGACUCACUCAGAUCUUAACAGAUUUCCCCAAAUUAGAUGAUAUUCAUCCUUUUUAUGCAGAUUUGAUGAAUGUUCUGUAUGACAAAGAUCACUACAAGCUGGCUUUGGGACAGAUUAAUAUCGCCAAGAAUCUGAUUGACAAUGUUGCUAAAGACUAUGUGCGGCUGAUGAAGUAUGGUGAUUCUCUUUACCGCUGCAAACAGCUGAAACGUGCUGCUCUGGGACGAAUGUGCACGAUUAUCAAAAGACAGAAACAAAGCUUGGAAUAUUUGGAGCAAGUGCGACAACAUUUGUCUCGUUUGCCAACCAUCGAUCCCAAUACGCGAACUCUUCUGUUGUGUGGCUACCCAAAUGUUGGAAAAUCUAGCUUUAUAAAUAAGGUUACAAGAGCAGAUGUAGAAGUGCAGCCUUAUGCCUUUACCACAAAAUCUCUCUUUGUGGGACAUAUGGAUUAUAAGUAUCUGCGUUGGCAGGUAGUAGAUACUCCUGGUAUUUUGGACCAUCCUUUGGAGGACAGGAACACCAUCGAGAUGCAGGCUAUAACUGCGCUUGCACAUCUUCGUGCUGCUGUGCUUUACGUGAUGGAUGUGUCUGAGCAGUGUGGGCAUAGCCUGGAGGAGCAAGUAGAGCUCUUCAGAAAUAUUAAGCCGUUGUUUGCUAACAAGCCACUUAUAAUUGUUGCAAACAAAUGUGAUGUGAAGAGGAUUGCAGAGCUUCCUGAAGAGAGUCAGAAAAUAUUUGAAAAUUUUGAAGCAGAAGGAUUUUCUGUAAUAGAGACAAGUACUCUAACAGAAGAAGGUGUAAUCCAAGUUAAAACAGAG